GUUUUUUAUCUAUCGAAUACUUGUUUCAUUCAUCUCAAUAACAUCAACAGUUCACAAUUUAUUAUCUAAAUUUUUAAGUAACGAAAACCAUGCUUAUACGGAAAUUAUGUCGUGAAAAUGGAAUAUUCAUAAUAGGAUUUCUUAUUACAACUGCAAUCCAACAAACUAAACCAUUGUUGUAUCCACGUGAUUCUGAAACGCGUGAUCAUCGAUCACUAGAUGGAAUAUGGAAUUUUGUACUUGCACCUGAAGCUGAUCCGAAGCGUGGUAUCCAUGAAUUUUGGCAAUUACAAGAUCUGAAAUUUUUUGAUAAUGUAAUAAAAAUGCCAGUACCAUCCAGUUACAAUGACAUUACACAAGAUCGAAAAGUUCGAGAUCAUGUGGGUCCUGUAUGGUAUGAUCGAACAUUUUAUGUGCCAUCAACAUGGAAUCAUUCCGAUAUAAGAAUAUGGUUAAGAUUUGGUAGUGUGCAUUAUAAUGCGAAAGUCUGGGUAAAUGGUGAGUUGGCAAUAACGCAUGAAAUUGGACAUUUACCAUUUGAAAAUGAUAUUACUCAAUUUUUACAAAUUGGCGGUAAUAAUCGGAUAACUGUUGAAGUCGAUAAUGAAUUGAACCGAUUUAGUAUUCCUCAAGGAGAUGUUUCAAAUGUAUCAACAGAUUAUGGAGUAUUUUUACAACAAACAUACACAUUUGAUUUUUUCAAUUAUGCCGGUAUUCAUCGACCCGUUGUAUUAUACACUACACCUAGAAUAUACAUCGAUGAUAUAUCAAUUAACACUUAUAUUUAUUUGGGUAAAGCGUUUAUCGAUUUUGUUGUACACACCGCUGGAUAUUAUGAAGAUGAAACGCCGCCAUUUUGUCAAGUGAAAUUAUUGGAUAAAAGUGAUUCGCAUGUUGGAUUUACAUAUAACACAUCUGGGAAUGAUUCAUGUAAAGGUCAAUUGGUUGUGGAUCAUCCAAUACUAUGGUGGCCGUAUUUGAUGCACCCAAACCCUGGAUAUAUGUACAAAUUGGAAGUCUUAUUAAUUGAUUUGGAGGGUAAUAAUGAUAUUGAACCGACACCGAUAGAUAUAUAUCGAUUACCAUUUGGGAUACGUACAAUUCGAUGGACAAAUAAAUCUUUUCUUAUUAAUGAGAAACCUGUGUAUUUACGUGGAUUUGGACGCCAUGAAGAUUCAGAUAUACGUGGAAAGGGUUUAGAUUUACCAUUGAUAGCCAAAGAUUACAAUCUAAUCAAAUGGAUUGGAGCCAAUACAUAUCGAACAUCACAUUAUCCAUACGCUGAGGAAAUAAUGGACUUUGCCGAUGAAACUGGUAUCAUGAUUAUUGAUGAAUGUCCAAGUGUGGAUACCGUCCCAAUCGACUAUAGUGAAUAUGAUUGGCUCGGCUUUGAUCCGUUCCUUGAUUUUAGAAAUUAUUCCCCAAGCCUGUUGGCAAAACAUCAACGUUCACUUACUGAAUUAAUUCAACGUGAUAAGAAUCGUCCUAGCGUUAUUGCCUGGUCAAUUGCAAAUGAACCUAGAACACAUUUAGUAGCAGCCGAUGAAUACUUUGGAGCAGUUGCAAAUCACGUCCGUUCUUUAGAUGUCACACGACCUGUUACGAUUGCAUUGGCACGACACUAUAAUGAAGAUAAAGCCGGCAAACACUUGGAUAUAAUUAGUUUUAAUCGCUACAAUGGUUGGUAUUCAAAUGCUGGCCGAAUUGAUUUAAUCAUCGAUAAUGUGAUUCGUGAAGCUACAGCGUGGCAUAAAAAAUAUAAUAAACCUGUUUUGAUGUCUGAAUAUGGUGCUGAUACUUUGAACGGACUUCAUUUGAGUCCAGGAUUCGUAUGGUCUGAAGAAUACCAAGUAGAAUUAAUGUCACGACAUUUUGAAGCAUUUGAUGUGCUACGAAAAGCAGGCUUCUUUAUUGGUGAAUUUAUUUGGAACUUUGCGGACUUCAAAACUGCGCAAUCGUAUACAAGAGUUGGUGGCAAUCGUAAAGGAUUAUUUACAAGAGAUCGUCAACCAAAGGCUAGUGCCCAUCAUCUACGUCGGCGAUACUUUGUUUUAGCAAAUGUUUUAGAUAAUGCUACCUUACCAGAUGAUCUAUUUCCAUAUAUUACAGUACGAGAUGAGCUUUAAUAUUCCCAAAAUCCUACCGACAAGGUUAAAUCAUAUUUUGAAAAUUUCUAUCCAACCAGAUCCAGUCUCCCUGUCUCCUCCCAUCAUAAUUCACCAUUGUUUCAACUCGAACUUUAUUAUUGAAACUAGUACUUAAACAUGAACUACCCCUCGAAACCUAUUUAACCAGUAUUCGCUAACGACUUUCCUCAAGUUUUCAAAAAUGAUUUGAAUCCAUUUCUAGUCUAAUUUUAUUAUCAAAUCGUAACAUUCGAAGUAUAGAGUAGUAUGAAAAAAAUUUCGAAGUAGUUA